UUUAACCAAAAUUUCAAAUUUUAAACUAUUUUUCAGGGUGGAACUGGGUAAGGCUAUUCUUGAUCAGCUCUAUUAAUAAAGGCACAAGUGUCAUAGACAUUUCAUCAAAACUAAAAAAUAAAAAAAAAUAAAAAAAGUAGGAAAAGAUAGAAAAAUGGAGGAGUCAAGGGGAGUGGUGAAGCAUGUAUUGCUAGUAAAGUUCAAAGAUGACAUUUCACCUGAGCAAAUUGAAGAGCUCAUCAGAGGCUUUGCUAAUCUCGUCAAUCACAUUGAACCCAUGAAAGCCUUUCAUUGGGGCAAGGAUGUAAGCGUUCAGAACCUGCAUCAAGGUUUCACUCAUAUCUUCGAGUCCUCAUUUGAGAGCACUGAAGGCAUUGCAGAGUAUAUUUCACACCCGAAGCAUGUUGUAUUUGCAAAGCUCCAUUUUGCCUAUUUGGAGAAGGUACUUGUUAUUGACUACAAACUUUCUACUGUUCGUUGUUAA